UCUCCACGUGGUCUUGGCUCGCCCCUCCCUUCCUGGCAAGAUGGCGGCGCCCAGGUGGAGGGCGUCGGGCCUCUGGAUCUGGGGAAACGGCCAGGGUUUGGGGAGUCUCUUCAGUCUCGUCUCAAAGCCAUUUUGUUCCGCUGCCGCUGCCUCUACGUCCGUAAAUGCCCAGAGAUUAGCGGAGAGGCUCCGAGCCCAGAAACGGGAACAAGACACAAACAAGAAGCCGGUGUCCACAAACCCUGUUCAGCGGAGAGUGCAAGAAAUAGUGCGGUUCACACGGCAGCUGCAGCGAGUCCACCCCAACGUGCUUGCUAAGGCACUGACCCGAGGAAUUCUCCACCAGGACAAUAACCUUGUGGUCAUCAAUAAGCCCUACGGUCUCCCUGUGCAUGGUGGCCCUGGGGUCCAGCUCUGCAUCAGUGAUGUACUACCUAUCCUGGCAAAGAUGCUUCAUGGCCACAAGGCAGAGCCCUUGCAUCUGUGCCACCGGCUGGACAAGGAAACCACAGGCAUAAUGGUGUUGGCUUGGGACAAGGACAUGGCACAUCAAGUCCAAGAGUUGUUUAGAACCCGUCAGGUGGUGAAGAAGUACUGGGCCAUCACUGUGCGUGUCCCCAUGCCCUCAGCAGGAGUCGUGGACAUCCCCAUUGUGGAGAAGGAAGCGCAAGGCCAGCAGCAGCACCACAAGAUGACAUUGUCCCCGAGCUACCGCAUGGACAAUGGGAAAAUGGUGAAAGUGCGGCAUAGCCGGAAUGCACAAGUUGCUGUAACUCGGUACCAGGUGCUCAGCAGUACUCUCUCCUCCGCCCUCGUGGAGCUCCAGCCCAUCACAGGAAUAAAACAUCAGCUUCGAGUUCACUUGUCUUUUGGACUGGAUUGUCCAAUACUUGGUGAUCACAAGUACUCAGACUGGAACAGGUUGGCCCCCCAGAAGCUGUCCGUGGGCACCCUGAAGAAGCUGGGGCUGAAACAGUCUAAGGCCCGUUACAUCCCCCUUCACCUGCAUGCCCAGCAGCUGAUCCUCCCUGCCCUGGGGUCCAGGAAGGAGGAUCUCAACUUGGUCUGCAAACUUCCUCGCUUCUUUGUAUGUUCCCUGCGCCGCCUGGGUUUAGAAAUGCCAAAUCAGGAUCAAAAUGAGAACAAUGAAGCCGAACAUCUGGGAGCACAGUGAAGACCGUGGGAGCAUCCUGGUACCUGGGAGCGCAGGUUGGCCUCUGAACUGUUCUUUAUUUACAGGACUUUGCUAACUUCUCACUUGGAACAGACUCCAUAAGAGCCAGGUGGGAUAAGGUGAAGCAACUCAGCUGCUCCAGGGCUUUUAAUGGAGAACAAAGUCUGUUUACUGAUAGUUUGGCUGCACUGUGGAAAAGCCUGCUGGAAGUCUCCCUGCCGUGGGCUCUCAUUGCCAAUGUGGAACAGAGCCCAGGGCCAGGCAGACUGGGGCAGUGACUGGAAAAGGAGAACUAAAGGACAGAAUCCAGAAUCCGGAACUGUUUUUAUCCAGCAGUGAAGCUCUUGAGCUCUUAGGAAGGUUCCCGUGGUUGGAAAGAACAUAAUGGUUAACAAAUAUCACGGCAUCCAGGGAUUGUCCAGCUAUAGUGUGGGUGGCCCCCUGCACUCUGAUUAUGGAACCUGUGCAAGGGUAUUGAGUGUGAGGCUGAGGUGGGACAUUUGCUGGGCAAGGAGAGCAGAUGUGAAUGGCAGGCAGGUAACAUGCAUACACGAAGCUGGCUGGAUGUAAGGCAGUAGCGGGGAGCGGCAUGCUGUCUAACAGUUGUUAGCUCCAGCUGGUUGUUGCCAUGUGGGAAUGGAUUUUCUCAUUUAUCUCUUCAGAGAAGCUGGAAACCUAGAUAUUUGUGUGAAACCUCCCAGUGUAUUGCCAACUAAAUCGAAUUUUUAAAGACGCUUAGGCAGCUAAGCAAAUAAUACUUGCAGGUUGAAUUUGCUCUACAGGCUAGCAGUUUGCAGUCUAUGUUUAAUGAAUGGUAUAGAAGUUUGGGGAAAGGUGCCAUCUUGAAAAUUCUGGAUCAGUGGUUGGCACUUUAGCUGCGUGUAGUAUGUGUCCUUUCUAGACUUGGAGAUGGCUUUGGUUGGUCCGUGAAUGUGUAGUUAGGAGAGUGCUGCCAUUAAAAAAAAAAAAUCUCUAUUGUGGAAGCAUAUCUUCUGUUCUUGGGUCUCAGGAAGGGGAGGGCUAUACUGAACAUCACUAGGGAUAGAUGGAAAUGACGUUGGCCUCCCUGCUCAGUUGGUCCAUCCAGCUGCCACCUUGUUUCUUGCAAAUGAAUACACCUCACACUACUUUUUCUUUCUGACAAAGAAAGUUGGAGUGACAGCACAGUUAGGGAGGUACACCCCGGGACAGUCUUUAUGUGUUCCCUGUGUAUAGAUGAUGCCACUUUGUAGCCCCUUCCCUGACUCCAUGGUACCCAUUACUGUGCAUAAUAAAUUUAACUUUGAAAGCACAGA